UUUUCAUGUCUAAGAAAAUUUUUCGUGCGAUGUGAAUUUUCUUUUAUACCUAUUUAACCAUAUAAAAAAGUCUUUAAAAUAAUCUUUAAUUAUUGAAAUAUAAAGUGAACGUGAAAUUAAGAUAAUAGUAAGUGAUGAAUACAAUAUUUGAGGUUAUAAAAAAUGUAGGUUACUGUGCUUUGUGAAUUGUUUGUAAAUUGUGCCAUGUUUACACUAUCGGCUGUGUUAUUACUUGUGUGAGUAAGCUAUGCUGUAGAAGUGAUUAUAAUCUAACUUUAAUCUAGUAUAUAAAUAGAAAUACCAGAGUAUAAGUCACCAUAUGGACCGGCAUAAAUUAUGAAUUCACUUAUAGAUGUACGAUUUUGUAGGAUUUCUUUUAACUAAGACAAUGUGCUUCAAAAAUGUCGAGAUGUCUACGAAUAUUCGGAGCUUACUCUUACCGUCUGUCACGAAGACAUUCCACCAUCCUUCUUAUAACCUCCUUUAUAUUACUGAUGACGAUAAUCCUCCAGCUGUACGCUUUUCGGCAUCAAGAUUUACCCCAUUUUUCAUCCAGAAUCGGUGAUUUCGAAUAUAGACCUGGCGCAUUUUUAGCAGGACAACACCCCAAUGAAAACACUAGUUACUGCCAUUUCAAUUACGGUCUUCCAGAGACUGUAGUUUGGAAAAACACCCCUGUGUAUCAUUCUCCAGAAGGUAACUUUAAAAGCGCUUACAUGGUGAUAUACAAUGCUGUUCAAGGCACAGCAUUCGCUAAUCAUUCCAAAUACAAUGCGGUAACGUAUGCUACGCAAGCGACACCAGAAUUUAUCUACCAUAUCGUGGAAAUAGCAAGAUUUUGGGAUGGACCAAUCAGUCUCGCAGUGUUUGUACCAGAUUACGAUUUAGAUAUCACCAUGCAAAUAAUGAAACACCUAUGUCGAUGUUAUUCAGCUAUGUCGAAAGUAUCUCUGCAUCUUUUCUUCCCGAAACGGCAUCGGCCGAAAUUAAGGCAGGAGAUCUUAUUAACUUACCCAACAACUAUGGAGACUCCGACUACCACUAAAAAUAUGUCAGCAGAAGAGAUUUUGGCGAAUAAAAUUGAGAGAUAUAGGAAAUUGAACAACAAAACAAGAGCGGAAUACAUACAGUGGGUGAGAAAAACAAAGAUAGAAAGAAUGAUGGCAAAGAUGCCAAAACAGAGGGUAGUACCGAAACUGAUAUUCGAAGAUUGUUCUGGAAUGACAGAUUUCGAUAUACGAACAUUUAGGCAUGAUAAAAAUUUGAUAUAUCCAAUAAACGUGGGCAGAAAUGUAGCUCGGAACGCUUCAAGGACGAACUACUUCAUCGUGUCAGACAUAGAGUUUGUGCCGAGUGACGGAUUAGCGACGAAAUUUCUGACAAUGGUGAGGAAACUUAUGGGCGAUAAGAAACGGGACGAGGGAUGUAUAUUCGCUAAGACGGUCUUUGUAGUGCCGCUGUUCGAAGUUGAGAAGGGGACGGAGAUACCUCGCGACAAAGACACUUUGGUGAGCCUUAUGACGGACAACCGUGCGAAGUACUUCCACCAGAAGGUGUGUGCCCACUGUCAGCGUUUCCCCGGCCUGCAGUCCUGGUUGUUGCGACCGUCACCCAGCGGAGUUGAGCCCAUGUUGAUCGCGCGAAGAGAGUACCCCUACCACAGAUGGGAGCCUCUGUACUUCGGCACCAAGAGCGAGCCGUUGUACAGCGAGAUGCUGUCUUGGGAAGGACGACAGGACAAAAUGACGCAGAUGCUAGAGAUGUGCCUGCAAGAGUACAGGAUGGUUGUGCUGGACGGCGGGUUCCUCUGCCACGCGGCCGCAACCAGGAACGGGUCUCGCCACAACCGGGCGGAGAGGAUGAACCAUCGCCGGUACCAGACCAUAAUAGCUUCGUUUAGACAUAAGUAUCCAAGUAGACCCAAAUGUAAACUGAUGUAUGGUAACUAAUUUACUAAUUUAUUAUAUUUCAUGUGAUAUUAAUUAAUUGUCUAUUAUUUCUGUUGAUACAUUUCUUGCAAGGUAAGUAUCAUUUUAUUGGCAAAAAGCAACAUAAUAUGUUUAUUAUAUUUAAUACUAUUGGAUGCUUCGUCCGCGUGGAAAUCAAUGUAAACUUUCAAACCCUAUUUUACCAGUUUAGGGGUUGAAUUUUAAAAAUGUUUUAAUCACAUUAUGUUUCUUAUCUUUUUUAUGAUAUGUUAACAAAUUUUUGAAACUGUCACUCUAAAAAUGAGGGCCUUUCGAUACAAGCUAAUAACCUCUAUUUCACCCUCCUCUAUUUUUAUUUUAGGAUCAAAAGUAGACUGUAACCGUAGACAUAUACAGGUUGUUCCAUAAUUAAUUUACAAGUCCUAGCUACAUGUAGUCAUAUACAGAGUGUUUCAUGAAUAAUGGGUAAAAGUUAAGUGCUAGCCUAAUUACCUAGAACUAAUCAAAUUAGUUUUAGAUAAUUCGGUGAUGUAAGCACUUAAAUUUUAUCCACUACUGGCUGAUGCUUGCGGUUUCGUCCUAGCAGAAAUUAAUUAAAAAAAAAUCCCCGGGAAUUAUGGAUUUUAUUGUUUAAAAAGCUUGUGUAUAGUUUGCCAAAUUCGUGGAUGACAAUCCCAAGAUAUGCGGGCAACGGGGAGGGAAGGACGGCGCAUGUGUGAAGUCGUGUGCGGGGCAGAGGCUGGAAGUAAGGUGCAUCAGUUGUGGGUUCUGUCAUCGCUACCCGCCUCCCGGUCCCCGCGGACUAUCGGGAGUGUUAAAAUCCACAGUAGCUAGUAAACUACUACCUAAACUACUUUAAGACCUCAGCUAUUAAAGUCAAUUUUUUUUUUAAUUUUGCUUUUUAUCUGUGUCAAAUAAUAGUUGUAUAGAGUAAAUAACUUUUAACACUAAAUUUAAUUUAAUACGAGUACAUUAUAAUACUAUAUUACAAAAUAUUUUUUUGUAAACAAUUAUAUUUUAUUAAAUCCAAAAAAACAUCAUACUGUAUAUUAUAUUGUACGUCACUAUUUUGUUCAACUGCUUCUUCUAACUUCAAGUAAGUAGAAAAAACAUAAUUUUCAAAUUCUAGUUUAAUUUCUAGAACCGUUCAACCAAAUUAGCGAUACAAAAACAAAGUGAUUUAAUUUAUCCAAAACAACCAACUUCAUUUGCAAUUAAUAUUAAAUGUUGGCACACGCCGUGUUGUCAGUGAUAAUAUUGAUGUAAGUUUCAAUUGAAAUAGAUUGUUUAUUUUAUAUUGUACCUUCUAAGCUCGUUUUAUUAAGGCUGUGUUAACACUAUUAUUUUAGUUUUCAACUAGCGGACGCCCGCGACUACAUAUGCGUGAACCUCAGUUUUUCACAAAUCCCGAGGGAACCAUGGAUUUUCAGUUAAAAAGUAGUCUCUAGGUAGCUCAAGAAUUUAUUCUAUCUUCCAAUCAUAUUAAGUCUUAAUAAAAUCCGUUCAGCCGUUCCAAAGAUUAGCCAAGACAAAAAUAGAGACAUAAAAAUUAAAAAAGCUUGUGUUUUGAUAAAUAAAUACAACCACUUGAUAUAAAUUUAAGACAGUUAUUUUGAAAUCACAGACGGACAUUAAAAUUUUAUUUAUAUGUGUUGUUAGUGUAUGUUGACAGAUAAGGCUGUUUUUGCAUGAAAUUGUUUAUAUAUAAAGCCGAAUAAUAGCCAUACAUUUUAAGAAAUUUAAUAUCACGUGUCUCAAACGGUGAAGGAAAACAUCAUGAGGAUACCUGCAUACCAGCAAUGACUAAAGCGAGAUCACACGCCUGCCCCGGGGGCAAUCAACAUUAUAGGUACACCUUUAGGGGCAAUUUGAAAUUUUCUCUUCACACGUGUCAGUCAGAAACUGAACGACGUGUUUGGAAUGAUGCCAGUAACUAAAGACUCGGUAUUGUUUGGCUCUUACAUCAGUUCAAACACAAUAAAAAGGAAAACUAAAUUGUACUGGGUAAAGAAGUUGUUACAAAAACAUAAAGAAAGAAAGAAAAGUAAGAAAUAUCUUUAUUUUUAGGUAGUGCCACAUAUUACGAUAUUAAAUUCUAAAUAUAUAGCUUAUAGUUAGAGCAAUAAAAGAUGAUUCCUCAGUGCCUGAAGACAAAAGUCUUCGAACAGUGCGCGUUGCCAGUGAUGACCUAUGAUUCCGAGACUUGGUCGCUAACUAUGGGCCUCAUAAGAAGGCUCAGAGUCACACAGCGGGCGAUGGAAAGAGCUAUGUUAGGAGUGUCUCUGCGUGAUCGAAUUAAAAAUGAGGAGAUCCGCAGAAGAACGAAAGUCACCGACAUAGCUCAACGAGUUGCGAAGCUAAAGUGGCAAUGGGCGGGGCACAUAGUUCGAAGAGCCGAUGGACGUUGGGGUCCCAAAGUGCUGGAAUGGCGACUCCGCACUAGUAAGCGGAGUGUUGGCCGACCCCCCACCAGGUGGACUGACGACAUCAAGCGAGUCGCAGGGAUUCGCUGGAUGCAGGUGGCUCAGUAUCGUGGUGUUUGGAAGUCCCUACAAAAGGCCCAUGUCCUGCAGUGGACGUCCAUCGGCUGAUAUGAUGAAUAAAAGAUGAACGCCCUGAAAUGUGUGGCAUAACCUAGAAAAAGGCCCCAACUCAGCAUUUUGCCACAUAAUACCCAAAAACAAAAUGCAGCACUGAUUUUCAGUUAGGACAUAACGAAUCGAUCGUUGAAGUAAUUGGUUAAAUACUUACCUUUACAAAAGCAAAACUAUGCCAAAGAGAUAAUCAAAAUUUUUCAAAACAUUUUCUUCCUAUAUUAACAUUCAUUGCACCAAUUAAUGCACCAAAAAAAAACAUGAUUUUUCUAUUAUUGAAAAAAAAAUAAUUUGUGUUAAUAUAUUUUUUUAUAAUAAACUUUAAACUUUGUAAUAAGUUUUUUCUCAUUAUUUAAUUAGGAUUAAAAUUAGGAGAUUCGAAAUGUGUACUAUUUAAUGAGAUGAUUGUUUCUUUUCAUUAGCCAGUAAGUACGUAUUUGAUUAUAUUUUAUAGUUUGUAUUUUUAUCAUUAGUAGAACAUAAUAAUGUAUAAUAGUCAUGAAAAUCAUUAUUCUAUUGUAGAUAAUAUGCACAAGCGAUAUUUUAACGUAAAAUUUUAGUUGUUUAAUAAACUUUUAAAUUGUUGAGAUUCAUCCAGCCAUAUUAAACGCUCUAGGGUAACAUUUAGUUACAUAAAAUUAAUAUAUGUAAUACUUAAUGAAAACUAUAAUGUUGUAAUAAUAAAGGAGAUGGUCCAAAAUUGUAUGGAGCCCAGGAUCAUUGUACCCUAGCGGAAAUAAAAGAAGAUAUUUUUUUUAACUAGUUUUGGUUAUACAAAUCUACGAAUUUAUUUUAAUUAUUUCGAAAUAAUGUUCAUUGUCUCCCAAGAAAUGCAACAUUAUUAGGGGUCAUAAUGGCGGAUUGAUGACAUUUUCAAUGCAGUAAUCGAUUUGACGUUUGCUGUCAAUUGUAAUGUCAUAGUUGCUCUAUGGGCGCCAUGUUGAUAUAAGUCAAAAACUUGGGUUUUUAUUUUAAAUUUUAAUGAUACGGGGACAAGAGUGGACCUGAAAUGGACCAUCUUCUUUAAAAAAAAAUAUAGAUUUACGUCGACUAUGUAGUGAUCAUAGUAAGUAUUAUGAAAUAUAUUUUUCUUUACUUGUAUAAAUUUUAUCUAUUUGUGUAUUAUAAUAUUCAUACUAUCUUAUGAACAGCACUAAGUACGUCCUACUUGAAAAUAAUAAACUUUAUGUAAUGAAAAUAAAAA